CGCUCCAGCCGUAAAGCCGCGCGCGGUGCAGUGAGGCCGGCCGGUGCAGCGAGAAUAACAGGCCGCGACUGGGGAAGCGUGGCAGUUGGGAGUGGAGGGUACAGUGUUUAAACAGCGGCAGCGGGUCUGUGGUGUGCAGUGUGCUGCAUAUAACUCUAAACGCGGAGAUCUCCUGUGCUCAGCUGUUCUACACUUCUAUACCUGCGGUGCUUUACCUGGGCGCCUGGAUCAGCUGUUUCCAACAACACAGGGGUGUCCGCUCCGCGUCGCGCGUCUUGUGCGCGCUGCAGCCCGCACAGUGGUCGACCUCGGGCGGCGGCGGUCGAUAGCGGCGGUCGACUGCGCGCAUGCGCGGCGAGGCCGCGGCCGCCAUGGGCUGGCGCUGCUACUGCUGCGCUGACGGCGGCACGUGUUCCGGCGCGGCCAGCCCAGCCGCCGACGGGGACGGCGACGACGCCGAGUCGACGCGGCCGCUGCACAGUGGUACCGCGGACGCGCCGCCGGCCAGGGGCUGCAAGUCCGUCUUCUACUGCUGCGAGGGCACAUGCUCCACAGGCUGCGCCCACGCCGCCGCCGCUGACGCCGCCAAGAGCGACGCGCCGCCGGCCAUGCGCGGCCACAUCGUGCUGGGCACCCCUGUCGACGUAGCGGAGGACGCGGCGCGGCACUUCGAGCUCCUGGCGCAGUUUCCAGAAGAUGUGCAGAUCUCCAGGCCGGGCGUCCCGUAUGUUGGGGAGCUGCCGGUGGUGCUACAGCCGGGACGCAUGGUACUGGUGCAAGGUCGAGUCACUCCAAACGCCAUCAGGUUCUCGGUGAACCUGGCGUGCGGUUCGGAGCCGACGUCGGACAUCGCGCUGCACGUGAACCCGCGCUUCGACGAGCGUCGCUUGGUGCGCAACGUGCGCAUGGCCGGCACCUGGGGCGAAGAGGAGUCUUCUGCGUCCUGGCCCUUCCCCAUGGGCCGACAGCUCCCCUUCGCGCUGCUCAUCUACGCGACGACUGACGUCUACUAUAUAGCCAUUAAUGGAAGGCACUACUGUACAUAUACACAUCGUAUACCAUUGCAGAAAGUUCAGGUUGUCCAUAUAAGUGGUGAUGUUGAAGUUGACUUACUGGAAUAUCGAAGGGUUGAGAUCUAUCCUGAACAGUAUCCAGGCUACAAAAAUCCAACUGUAAAAAUUCCAAUGAAUAAGUCCCUGCGAGAUGAGCAUGAAGAUCCACUGGAUACGCCUUUUACUGGAAGUUUAGAAGAAUUUGGUAUUGGCCAUGAGCUUGAGAUUACUGGAAGAGUAAAAAUAUUGCCUCACUCGUUCUAUGUAAACCUUCAAAGUGGAUCAUACGUGUGUCCACAUCCAAUUAUUCCACUUCACAUCAACCCUCGUUUCCGUGCAGGUUACACAAUGGUACGAAAUGCUUGGGUGAAAGGCAAAUGGGGUACUGAGGAGAAGGCGCACUGCUCGCAUUUCCGACCUGGUCGACCAUUCUGCUUAAAAAUUGUGUGCACUGAAGACCAGUAUUCUGUGUAUGUGGAUGGGUCAUUGAUGGACAGUUUCAAAUACAGGUGUUCUCCGCAAAUUGUGGACACAUUGUACAUCCAUGGUGAUAUUGUGUUAAAAGAUAUUGUUGUGAAAUGAGAGACUUCCUUGGAAUGUUUGACUGUCAGCUGUUCCAUCUGUGUCAUUUACAUGGUGUAACAUGUAGUAAGUGGUGUUCAGUUCAAAGGCAGUUUUUGUGGUUUCCUUCCAAUAGACAGUUAACAAGGGUAAUGUGGGGGCCAAAAUCUAUGAAUGACAUAUUUUGUAAACUUUAUCAAAUUUGUACUUGUAUUUAUAAAAACAUGCUAAGCAAAAGUAUUAUUUCUUGAAAUUAUUUUUUAAAGGUUGAUUAGCAAUCUCUGUGACUUGCUUAGGAAUAAUUUGCUAAUAUAUUUUUGCCACUGAUGCACUGAUUUGUAGACUUGCUUUAUAGUUCCAUUGCUACAGUGUAGCAUGUAACAUGGUUGAACAAUAUUUUGUAAAUAAAUUUUGAGUAACCUGGAAA